AUGAGUGAUAUUCAGGAAGGAAAGCCAAGUACUUAUUGUAUGAUCAUUAGAGGAAAUGAUUUUAGCACCAAUGUUUUCUCCUUCUUUCACCAUUGUCCUGAGUGCCCAUAUGCUACGAAUUCCAAAAAUGAUUUAUGCUCACACAUGGUGACUCAUUAUGGCGGUCGUCCCUACGAAUGUUCGUUCUGUUUCCGAAUUUUCAAGCGCAAAGAUCAUCUGAAGCGUCACUUUGUCAGCCAUACUGGAGAACGCCGCUUCAGCUGCGCUUUGUGCGGAAAGAAAUACAUUCGGAGAGAUCAUCUGCAGACCCAUCUUACGAGUAGCCAUGGUCAAAGUGCUUAUGAUAUGAAUAACUUAAUUUUAGUGAAUGAUUUCAAUCAAGAAGCACAGACCAUCAAAGAAAGAACUAUCAACUCAAUGAAUAUCCCAACUCCUUUCCAGUUUCGAAUAAAUUUUCUAUUUUUGUAUAAAUUGAUCAAAAUUUUAGACUGUGUUACUCAUUGUGAAAAUAAUAUUGCACCGUCAAACCUUCUUUAUUCAUGCCAUGAAGUAUCUCAUCCUCAGGGAUCAAGUCGGAUGUAUGACCUUACUGUUGAGAGAUCACAUUACUGUGACAUUUGCUCAAAAUAUUUCAAGCAGCGUCGUUAUCUUCUACGGCACUUACUGAUUCAUUCUACCAAGAGUAAAUUCCAAUGUGCCUAUUGCUACAAGACCUUUAAUCGCAAAGAUAAUUUACAGACUCAUUUAAGAGUUCGUCAUUCAUAUGAAGAUUAUUGGUUGAAGGGACCGACUUUGGCUCUCGGUGGCGCUGAAUAUUCCUUAUGUUGUGUUGAGAUCGUCCCACAAAUUCUGCUUCAUUUGUGCCCUAAAUGUCCAUAUACUACUACAUUUCCAGAACGUUUGACGACACACAUGCGCAUUCACUCUGGGGAGCGCCCUUAUGAAUGCAACCUGUGCCCUAUGUCUUUCAAGCAGUCUCAUCAUCUUACUCAGCACUUGCAAACCCAUACAGAAGAGCGCAACUUUCAAUGCUCUGAGUGCAAAAAAACUUAUUCUCGUAAAGACAGUUUGAAGAGGCAUUUUCAUACUCAGCAUUCAUCUACAUAA